AUGGAUGACUGGCUCGAUGAUGACGAUGAAGAUGACGAAUUGCUGGACACCCUUUCGAAAAAGCCGCCCAGAGAGCUAGGAAGCCUCUACCCGCAAGCCCCACCAUCUCAGAAUGAUGGUACAGCGCAAUUGCUGAAAGCUCAGGGCGAAGCUAGCAUGCUUCGCGAUCGAAUCAAGAUCAUCGAGAAAGAAAAGGAUCAGGAACGGAAACUACUGUUGCAAAAGAGUAAAGAACUAGAACAGAAACACCAGCAGGAACUUGAAUCUUUGAAAGCUGAGCUGCAAAGGGCAGAAGAUGAGAAGAAGUUUUUGGCAUACGCUGGAAAAUCACAUCUGAAAAGCAGUAGUUCCGCCAAUGCAACAGUCGUGCCACAGUCCUCCUCCCCAAGUUCCCAUGAAGGUGUCAAUAGCAGCGAUGCAGCGAGUAAAAAACGUAGAGUUGUCGAUACCACGAAACCCAUGGUGGUAAUAAAACCAAACCGCAUUUUGACCGACGAAUCGGGUCUUUUCAUUCAAUCCGUCAUAUCUCAUCAAUUAAAGGGCUCAGAGAUGAGCACUUUAGAAAUCCUGCAUCACAUACGUCUGGCAGAGGUCCAGGAUUUUGAAUUUCGCGAUUUCAAAAUUUGUAAUGGGGAUCCUGUGGGUAAGGGCAUUUUCGAGCUGCUCAUGUCGCGACAACGUUCGUCCUUCAAAUUAGAUCAAUUCAUUGAAUCCUGGCUGGAGAGCUUGGCGGUGCUCAUAAAAGACAUAUCUGAACACUCAAAAGAGUGCAAAACCGCCGUGCCAUUUUUAGUGGCACUGAUGCAUCAUUCCAUAACGUUUCGACCAAGCGCGGUCCGGCCAGCGGCGCUAAAGGACUUGUUUCAUUUUAUGGUGGACUUGAUUCGCACCAACAGGGGCGUUUUGAAGAAACCCUUGGCCAAGUCGCCAUUGCAUUUAGACGUGGGCCCCAACAUUUUCCAGUAUGAGUUUAUACGCAUACUGAUUGUACUCUAUGCAUUUGAUACACUCGAAGAUAGCUUGAAGACAUUGCAAUCACUAUCCUCACAGUGUCAAGUUGCCUUCAUGGAUGAACCAUUCUGCGAAGCGAUAAAUGAUUUAUCCCGUUAUUCCUUAACGAUAUCCUACCAACCGGUCUUGAACGUCGUUUACAGCACCAUGGAAAUUUUCAACUGUAUGGCCAACAUGUUACUCGACUCGCCGCAACUAGCUCAAAGAAUACCACACACUUGGUGGGAAAACGUGAAAAACCGAUUCUACCAAGUUUUAACCAAGACUGUCAGUAAUAAUGAGGUACGUGAGAAUGACUGCAAUUCGUUAUUUUUACCUGACGAGACCAAUAUCUACGGUUUGAUCCGGAACCUAGGUAACAACUACAAUGGCCGGUUUAUAUCCCAACUUGUUUCCAGAAACGAGCCUCUAUCAGUGCCACAGGUAAUCUUGAAAGAAUUCCCAGAAAGUGAGUUAAUCACCCAUAAAUCCGUUGACGUAGAAUGGUGGAGUCUGAAAUUGAAGAUCGGAAUCGUGCAACUUUUCGGCAAGCUGGCUACUGUUUAUCGGUCAGAUCCCGUUGAGAAAGGUAUGAUCAAGGUUUUGGCGCGAUUGAUGGCUCAGACGCAGGAAACUUUGCUAACGGUCCUGCUAGGACAAGAAUCGGAGAACAUUCACAUGUAUUACUCCCUUUUCUCAGAACUGUUGAAGCUGAUAUUUCACAUUUGGCAUGACAGGGGAUGCGACUUGGGGCUUAUUAGCGAGGUGGAAUGCGAGUUAACGGUUUGUUUAUGGAGAAUAGUAUUUGGCACUGACGCGGAAAAUGACACUCACAUCAAUAGGAUGGAAAUGAUCGAACACAAAGUACUUGUCGAUCAAUUCGACGAAUUGAGAUUACAGUCGGAUUUGGAAUUGUUCGAAGAUGCUUUCGAUGGUGAGCAUGUGGACUUUGUGAAAGAGGAGAUGCAGUCAGUGAGUUUUGGUCGGUGUCGAGAAAUAAUGGGAGUCGGAGUGGAUAUGGGUAUUAUGGAAAUGGCCAAAAAAAUGCUGGAAUGUAUUACGUCAAUGGAAGACGCUGACGUUUUGUAUUUGGCCAUGCGUGGGAAUGAUGUGUCGGUGAAGGAUGGUAUGUAA